UCCUCCACAAUGGCAUACGUCGCGCCAGUCCACAAGCCCACGAGCAUCAGGCACGCCCUGCGCAUCCGGUUUCUGUCGCCGGACAUCGAGGACUUGGUCGUUGCGAAAGCAAACCGACUGGAGAUAUGGCGAGUCCACGAAGAAGGCAUGACGUGCCUGCACACAAAGGUCAUCCACGGCACCAUAGACAUGCUCAAGCGGUUGCAGCCCAAGGACUCUGCUACAGAUCUUCUCUUCAUCGGUACCGACAGGCUGCAAUACUUCAAUCUAGCCUGGAACCCUGAAACGAACCAGCUGGAUGCAGUCGAGCAGACAAUAGAGGACUCAGCAGAGCCCUAUAUGCGGCAGUCUCAGAGCCAGAACAGGUGUCUGGUUGACCCCACGGGCAAGUUUAUGGCGAUGCACCUCUGGGAGGGAGUGCUCAAUGUCUUUCGCCUGCGGAUACGCAAGGGUUUGACGACAAAGCUUGAAGGGCUCGACCAGGUCCGGUUGACCGAGCUGUGGAUGAAGGCGAGCACGUUCCUAUACAGUCGAACCGGCCACCCGACAAUUGCGUUUCUGUACAAGACUCAGCUCGAUCGCGAAGAAGCUCGGAUCGCCGUCUACCGACUAACAGAAGACGAUAAGCCCGGCGUUUCGUCCAAGUUUGACCCUCAAAAGAACCGAGACUUUGAACAAGUCAUCCCUGACCCUUAUGCAUCGAUGCUCAUACCGGUUCCCGUAUACGAAGAAAAGCGAUACCACGUGCGCAACAAUGAGGGAGCCAGGGCACAUCUGGGUGGUCUUCUUGUGGUGGGAGAGACGCUUCUCACAUACUUUGACAGUCUCACAUAUUCAAGCGUAUGCUCCAGCCUUGCGGAGCCCAAGAUUUACGUUGCCUGGGCCGAGUAUGAUGGGACGCGCUAUUUCUUGGCUGACGACUACGGCCGCCUGGACUUGCUGGAAAUCAAGACUACCAAUGAGUCGACAGGGGUGGUUGUGACAGGCAUGGAAGUCCAUCCGUUCGCUUUUGAGGAUUCAAGUCGAUAUACGUCAAGAGCAUCCAGCUUGGUUUAUAUGGGGAACGACCUCCUCUUCGUUGGUUCACAUCACGGCGACUCCCAGCUGUUACGUAUCGAUAUCGACACCCAGCAGAUGACUCUUCUCAAAGUCCUACCCAAUAACGCACCCAUCAUGGACUUUACCAUUAUGGAUAUGGGAAACAGAGAGGGAGACGCACAGUCAGGCAACACCUUUUCAUCCGGACAGGCCAGAAUCGUCGCCGGCUGUGGUGCCUAUCAAGAUGGAAGUCUACGCAGCAUCAGGAGCGGUGUUGGCUUGGAAGACCGUGGCCUCCUGGAUGAGUUUCAAGGCACCAGAGGCCUAUUCACACUGCGAUCCGUGGAGUCUGAGAAAGUCGACACUGUUGUUGUAUCCACUCUUGCUGGAACUCGAGUCCUGCGAUUCGAGCCUGAUAAUAUUGAGGAAGUGUACUCUUUCCAGGGAAUGGACCUCGAGUCGGAAACUCUCCUGGCUGCCAACCUGCCAAACGGCCAGCUGUUGCAGAUAACACCUCGAAUUGUCACUCUUCUGGACCCUGAAAGCGGGACCACGGCAUGCUCAUGGCAAGCACCGGAGGGAAAACUCAUCACGGCGGCGUCUGCCAAUACGAAGUGGGCUUUGGUGUCAAUAGAUGGAUCCAUGCUGGUCUCGUUGAACCUCCUUGACGGCCUCAAGGCAGUAGUCCAAGAUGCCUCGGAAAAUCCUGUAUCUGGGCAGCCCGAUCAAAUUUCCUGCAUACAUGCGGCGCGCGAUCCGCCAGAUUUUGGCGUGGUGGGCUGGUGGGCUUCUGGUACCAUAUCAGUCGUGGAUUUGGCGACCUUGACACCACUCCACGGCGAACCGUUGAGGCAGACAGACGACAGUGCUUCGGUUCCACGAGAUGUGGCACUGGUCCAGCUACACCCGCCCGACGUCUCCGGCCCAACUUUGCUGGUGGCAUUGGAGGAUGGUAAUGUCAUCAGCUUCAAUGUUUCUGUCAGGGGGUUCUCGAUAUCGGGAAGGAAGACGGUCACGCUAGGAAGCGGACCAGCUCGAUUGCACGUUCUGCCACGGCCAGAUGGAGUUUGCAACGUGUUUGCAACAACGGAGCAUGCCAGCUUGAUAUAUAGCUCAGAGGGGCGUAUCGUCUACUCGGCGACGACGGCUGACGAUGCGACUUUUGUGGCCCCGUUCGAUUCGGAAGCUUUUCCGGACUCCAUCGUGCUAUCAACCGAUGAGCACAUUAGGAUAUGUCACGUUGAUAGCGAAAGGCUCACGCACGUGAAGUCUCUUCCGAUGCACGAAACAGUCCGCCGUGUUGCUUAUUCGCCAGGCUUGAAGGCCUUUGGAUUGGGAUGCAUAAAGAAGGAGCUGGUGGAGAAUGAAGAAAUUGUUACGAGCACCGUCAAGCUGGUUGACGAGAUCAUCUUCCAGGAGCUGGGCCAGCCUUUUGAGCUGAAUGCUUCUGCUUCACUGGAGCUGGUUGAGUGCGUAAUCCGAGCCGAAUUGCCCGAUAGCAACGGCAAUAUGGCCGAAAGGUUCCUGGUUGGCACGAGCUUCGUCGCAGAUCCGGGCACAGACGAAGCCGGGGAGACGAGGGGAAGGAUUGUGGUUCUCGGCGUGGACGAAUCGCGGCAAUUGUAUCAAAUCACCUCCCAUAAUCUCAAGGGAGUAUGUCGUUGUUUGGCUAUGAUGGACGACUACAUCGUCGCCGGGCUGAGCAAGACGGUGGUUGUUUACAGCUUUGCUCAGGAGACCUCGACAUCCGCCAACCUGAAAAAACUGGCGUCAUACCGCCCAUCCUCAUUCCCUGUCGACCUGGAUGUUUCUGGUAACAUCAUCGGUGUUGGCGAUCUCAUGCAGUCCCUUACGCUCAUCGAGUUCACCCCACCCCAGGAUGGUAUGAAGGCAAAGCUGGAGGAGAAGGCACGCCAUUAUCAGCAGGCCUGGGCCACGUCUGUCUGCGCCCUGGACGAUACCAGGUGGCUGGAGGCAGAUGCUCAGGGCAAUAUCAUUGUGCUCAGACAGAGGCAGGAAGCGCCUACGGAGCAAGACCGCAGCCAGCUCGAGAUUAUCAGCGAGCUCAACAUUGGGGAGCAGAUCAACCGGAUUCGGAAGCUUCAGGUUGCGCCUGGUGAGAAUGCCAUUGUGAUACCCAAGGCGUUUCUGGGCUCGAUUGAGGGCACGCUGUACCUCUACGGCGACAUUGCUCCCAAGUACCAGGAUCUGCUCAUGACGUUCCAGUCACGGUUGCAGGGGUACAUCCAGACCCCCGGAAACCUGUCAUUUGACCUUUGGCGGGCGUUUAGAAACCCGGCUCGAGAGGGCGAGAGUCCUUAUCGGUUCGUGGACGGCGAGAUGAUAGAGAGGUUCCUGGACUUGAGCGAGAGCCAGCAGGAGCUGGUUUGCGAAGGGCUGGGCCCGAAUGUCGAGGACAUGCGGAACCUGAUUGAGGAGCUGAGGAGGAUGCACUGAAGCUG